AUCAGCUGAGUGGCAUAGAGAUAGUGGCCUGUGGUUGGUGUCGAGUGUCGUGUGUACGUGUGUGGUUCUCUAUGUUGCAGUGCAGUCAGAACGCACGCAAAAACUUUCGACCAAUGACCAACAAGAAGACAACCAGCCCACACCAGAAGAACUUUCUUUUACGAAAGAGACAUUCAGAGUUGUCAAAGACAUUGCUCCAGCACAAACUGUGACAACAAUGGGAACCGGGAUAAGCAGUAAUGCCGCGGGAUUCAUCGGGGCGGCAGUCGCGAUUGUCUGCUUUGGAAGCAACUUGGUGCCCGUAAAGCACGUAGAGACUGGAGACGGUAUGUUCUUUCAGUGGAUAAUGUGUUCAGGUGUUUGGUUUGUUGGCCUUAUGAUCAACUUAUUCCGCUCUAGUCCAACCUUCUAUCCUCUAUCUAUGCUUGGUGGUUUCCUCUGGGCUUCAGGAAACAUAAUGGUGGUGCCGAUUUUAAAGACAAUCGGACUAGGACCAGGCUUACUGAUUUGGGCAUCAGCCAAUAUGAUAUCUGGAUGGGCCAGUGGACAAUUUGGAUGGUUCGGUUUGAAUAAAGAUGUGUUAACACGACCAACUCUGAAUUAUAUUGGAUUUGCUUUGGCUUUAAUGAGAUUGGUGAUAUUUGUGGGAGUCAAACCAGAUCCUGUUGGUCUAAAACAAAAAACAAUGGGUUCAUCGACCCCUGCCGAUCCAUCUUGUGAUAGCAAUCCUUUAAUUAAUACGGAUCAGCAUGCAGUCAAUACCUCCCAUAAAGUGGAAAACCAGACAAUAUCUACUGAUGCAUCAUGGGUAGAUAACCUGACUACCAUGCAGAAAAGGGUAGUAGGAUGUUCGCUAUCUCUAAUAUCUGGCAUUCUUUAUGGCUUCAACUUUAUUCCUUGUUUAUGGAUCCAGGAUAAUGUUAAAGGGGCGAGUCAAGAUGGUUUAGACUAUGUGUUUGCACAUUAUUGUGGCAUCUAUGCAACCAGUACAGCCUACUUCCUUAUCUAUUCUGCCUACAUGCAGAAUAAACCCCAGUACUCAGAGAGGCUUGUCUUGCCCAGUAUGGUCUGCGGUAUGAUGUGGGCGGUUGCCCAAGCAGGGUGGUUCGUAGCCAACACAAACCUGACCGAAUCCGUGGCCUUUCCCAUUGUCACAACGGGUCCUUCUAUUCUUGCUGCCCUGUGGAGUGUGUUCUACUUCCGAGAGAUACGUGGACUGAGGAACUACAUCCUUCUUAUUAUUGCCUUUCUUGUAGCUACAGCUGGUGUUGUGUGCACUGCCCUGUCUAAAGUAUGAAUGGUGCCAGCAUGGCUCCCUGGGGUACUCCCAGACCUUAAGGAAGUAAAUUAGAAUUUGCUGUAACUUUUGAAAAGGAUCAAUUAACUCCGCCAUUGACUUGCUUUGUUUGAAAUAUCAUUUAAUUAUGAAUGGAAAAAGUGAAUAAAUUUACUGCCAUAUUUACCUCAUUUUCAGUUAACAAGUACAUGUGCUUGUAAUGAGAAAUGAUAGACAAAUUAAGUUUUUUAAUUACUGCUAUUGAUGUGAAAUUAUGCUCUGAGUCAUUUUUGCUUUUUGUAACAGGUACAGUUACAUACUGUAUACUGCCAUGAAUUCAUUUCAGAAUUAGGAUUUGUGUGGGAAACUUGUGUCACAAUAUUUUUUGUGUUAAAAUCUGAAAUAUCAAAUUAAGUUGCUGCUGGAUUUUUCUAUUUUGUGAUCUUUGUUUUGAUAUAUUUUUUCUAUUUAUGUAUUAAAAUAAAACUAUAUAUUGAUUAUUUGCAUCGUUUUCCUUGUGGUAUGAUACAUAUUUAAAAUUCUCAGGGUGGAUGAAUAUAUUGACCAUUAUAAAUUUUUUGUAGUUUUUGUAUCAUGUACUGAGAUUGCAUUUGUGUUGAAUUUCAGAUAUGACAUGUUCAAGUAUAUCACACUCAUCUGGUAAAAUGAUUAGACAAUGUAUAUGUAACUACAUGCUAUUGAGGAAAACUUAGUGAGUUUGCUACUAUUUAUACAUAUAGGAACGUUAUGUCUUUGAUUUGCUCUUGUAAGUGCAAUGAUUUUAAGAUUCAUCGAACUUGCUGUUUGGUAACCUUUUUGAACACGGGAGGGCUGAUUCACAGCCCCCUCUACAUUUUUGUGAUAAAUCUGCUGCGCAAAAUUUUCUGACCGCAUCACUAAUUCACUUUUUACUUUCAAGUCUCACACAACUUUUGAGACCAAAACUGUGAAAAAUCCUUA